GUUUACGGUUCCCAUGGUGACCGCUCACCUCAGCAGGGAGAGGCAGAGCGACAUGGCGAAGGAUCUAGAGCCUAAAUUCUACCUGAGACGGAAACAAUGUGGGCUUUGCAGUGUUAAAACUCUGUGUAACCUAAGGGAGCUUCUGAACAGACUCCAGAAGGACCACAGAGAUGACAUCUAUCUCUACAUCUCAGGGUACCUGAACCCCAACAAGCUCUACAGGCCACAGGAGACCAUUGUGCGUCACUGGUGCAAUGCCCACAGGCCACGGUGGGAGACGAUGCCCCCAGCAAGAACAGGCAAGGCCACAGAUAGGAAGACUGCUGAGAUGAAGAAUGCUUUGUCUUAUUUUACUGUCAACACAGCACUCGUUCCCAGCCAUGCUCAGAACACGAAGCUCUUUAAGUAUUUAAGCCCACAAGGAGAAGUUUCACAAACUUUGCACACUUCUGAGGAUUUCAUUCCAAAGCAAAUUCUGCAGGAAGCACAAAAGCAGGAAGAGGUGCUUGAGCACCCCUCAGAGAGACACCGGAGAGAAGAGCUCAGGUUGCCUGAGAUGAAGGUGCUGAGGUUCAAAGGAGCAGGAUCCAGCCGCCAGUGUACCCUGUCUCCCCAGGGCCCAGAUGAGUAUCAGUACAUCAGCUCCUACCUAGCCAGUGUGACAAAAGCUGACAGGUACAAGAAGUUCUUGAGUUUCCAAAAAGAAGUUGUAGCAAAGCAAGAUCUGAAGAGUGACUUCACUGGGAGCAAAGUGGCAGUCAGCCAUGAAAAGAAGUUGGAGGAGGAACUCCAGAAAAUACGCACAUGCAACUCUCAACAGUUCGACAGACUGCAGGUUUUUGGAGAUGUCUUUGAAGACAUUUGCAACAGUUCUCUGAUAUUUGGUGACCUCUUGAAAGAAAUUAAGAACAAGUACGAACUCUACAUGGAGGUGCUUCUGGAGUCCCAGCCCACAAAGCAGAUUAAGAUGCUCCAGGCAGAAGUCCAAAGACUGGAGAAGGGCCCUGUGAGGCCUGAAGAUGUCGAUCAGGCCAAGAGGGAGCUGAGAAGGCUCAUGCAGGCCACCAAGGCAGCCCUGGAGCACAAUGACAUGCUGAGAAAUGAAUUAGAGAUGGAGUGCAUGUUGCUACAAUCUGCUAAGGAAAAAUCAGAAUCUUGUCAAAAAACUGUAAUUGAUGAAGAACAUCUUACUCUUACUGAGAAGGUUGAAAAGAAGAGAUAUGAAAUACUCAAUAAAUGGGAUGAAAUUCAAACUCUUGAAAAACAAAUUAAAGCUACUUUGGUGCAUACCAGCAUUUCUGAUAUCCUUGAGAGUAGGAUUAAAAGCAUAGAGAAUGAAGCUGUAAAACUGGAAACAGCAAAUAAGAUUCUACAGAAGAAAAUGCAAGUCAUUGAAAACAAUGUGAGGCAGAUCAUGAAAAAGAGUAAGAUCAGUGAGGAAGAACAGGAGUAA